AACAACCCAGAGUGUAAAAUUGUGGUUUUUUUGUAAGUCAGCCAGCUAUUAUCAAGAAAAGGAUUUUUUCAGUUCAGUAAAGUUGGUAAGGUAAAAUUCCAGGAUGUCUGCUUCUAUAGAAAUUCCUCUUCGAGAUACAGAUGAGGUUAUAGAAGUGCAUCCAGACCAAUUGCCAGAAUGUCAGGAGGUUUUAAGCAUUUUAAGGCAAGAGCGCUCCCAGCUGAACACUUGGGUUAAUGUUGCGCUUGCCUACUACAAACAAAACAAGACCGAUGAUUUUAUACGCCUUCUCGAGACAUCGCGCAAUGAGGCAAACACUGAGUAUCGAGAUGUGGAGAAGGAUCGUAUGCGUUGCUUUGACAUGCUGGCUGCACAUUAUGUGCACGAGGCCAAUCGUGAAAAGUCCAAGGAUAAGAAGAGAGAACUUUUCAUGAAGGCCACAAACUUGUAUACGGCAGCUGACAAGAUUAUUAUGUACGAUCAAAAUCACUUGCUGGGUAGAGCCUACUUUUGCCUCUUGGAAGGUGACAAAAUGGAUCAAGCCGAUGCCCAAUUUAAUUUUGUUUUGAAUCAAUCGCCCUCGAAUAUACCCUCGUUGUUGGGUAAGGCUUGUAUAGCCUUUAAUAAGAAGGAUUUUCGCGGUGCUUUAGCGUUUUACAAAAAAGCCUUGCGUACCAACCCAAAUUGCCCGGCAAAUGUUCGCAUGGGUAUGGGUCAUUGUUUUCUGAAGAUGAAUAAUCCAGAUAAGGCAAAAUUGGCAUUUCAAAGGGCUUUGGAGUUGGACUCGAAUUGUGUGGGCGCUUUAAUUGGCUUGGCAAUUCUCAAAUUGAAUCAACAUGAGCCGGAAUCCAAUAAAAUGGGUGUUCAAAUGUUGUCGAAGGCCUAUACAAUCGAUUCGACAAGUCCCAUGGUACUUAAUCACUUGGCCAAUCAUUUUUUCUUUAAAAAGGAUUAUCAGAAGGUGCAGCAUUUGGCACUUCAUGCUUUCCACAAUACGGAAAACGAGGCAAUGCGUGCAGAGAGUUGUUAUCAAUUGGCCCGCAGCUUCCAUGCUCAAAGUGACUUUGAUCAAGCCUUCCAGUACUAUUAUCAGUCAACACAAAUUGCGCCGGCAAAUUUUGUGCUCCCACAUUAUGGCUUGGGUCAGAUGUAUAUUUACCGCGGGGAUUCAGAAAAUGCUGCCCAAUGUUUUGAAAAGGUUCUAAAAAUCCAACCCGGUAACUAUGAGACAAUGAAAAUCUUGGGCUCCCUAUAUGCCUCCUCAAAUUCACAAACUAAACGUGACAUGGCCAAGUCCCACUUGAAAAAAGUUACCGAACAAUUUCCUGAUGAUGUUGAAGCCUGGAUAGAAUUGGCUCAGAUUUUGGAACAAAAUGAUUUACAUGCUUCUUUAGCUGCUUAUGGAACCGCUUCUAGUAUUCUAACCGACAAAGUUAAGGUCGAAAUUCCCGCUGAAAUUUUAAACAAUGUUGCAGCCUUGCAAUACCGUUUGGGAAACAUGCCUGUGGCCAGGGAGAAGUUAAUGGAGGCCUUGGAUAGAGCAAAAACUGAGGCACCAAAUGACACGCAAUAUUAUGAUUCUAUAUCGGUGACAAUGACUUACAAUUUGGCACGUCUUAAUGAGGCCAUGAGUAGCUUUGAUGUGGCCGACAAAUUGUACAAAGACAUCUUGAAAAAGCAUCCCAAUUACAUUGAUUGUUAUUUGCGCUUGGGUUGUAUGGCACGUGAUAAAGGUUUAAUUUUUGUAGCUUCAGAUUUCUUUAAGGAUGCCUUGAACAUUAAUAAUGAUAACCCAGAUGUCAGAUCGCUUUUGGGUAACUUGCAUUUAGCAAAAAUGCAGUUUGCUUUGGGCCAAAAAACCUUUGAAACGAUUCUUAAAAAUCCUGCAACAUCUCAAGAUGCUUAUUCUCUUAUUGCAUUGGGAAACUUUUCACUACAGACACUGCAUCAGCCCUCAAAGGAUAAGGACAAAGAGAAGAAACAUCAGGAAAAAGCUUUGUCCAUCUAUAAACAGGUUUUGCGCAAUGAUCCCCGUAAUAUAUGGGCCACCAAUGGCAUUGGUGCUGUACUGGCGCACAAGGGCUGUGUUAUCGAGGCCCGUGAUAUAUUUGCUCAAGUUCGCGAAGCGACUGCGGAUUUCAGUGAUGUUUGGCUCAACAUAGCUCACAUUUAUGUGGAACAGAAACAAUAUAUCAGCGCCAUACAAAUGUACGAGAAUUGCAUGAAAAAAUUCUACAAACAUCAUAAUGUGGAAGUCAUGCAAUAUUUGGCCAGGGCCUAUUUAAGAGCCAAUCGUCUGAAGGAAGCAAAAAUGGUUUUGUUGAAAGCAAGAAAAGUGGCGCCACAGGAUACUGUUUUGCUAUUUAAUAUUGCGGUGGUAUUGCAACGUUUAGCCAUGGCCAUAUUGAAAGACGAAAAAUCCACUUUGGAAGUUGUAUUGCAAUCUGUGCAUGAGUUAGAAUUGGCUCAAAAAUACUUCCAAUACCUGUCGGUGCAUGGUGACAAAACUCGGUUCAAUAUCGAUGUGGCAGGUAUUGAGGCCAAUCAAUGCCAGGAUUUGCUAUCACAAGCCCAAUAUCAUGUGACCAGAGCACGCCGUAUCGACGAGGAGGAGAAGGCCUUGAAACGUAAACAGGAGGAAGAGCGUUUGGCCUUUAAAAUGCGACAGGAAGAGGAACGCAGAAAACGUGAGGAAAUCGAAAAGCAGUCGCGCGAGCAAAUGUUGGCUAAGCGGCAGGAAUAUGUGGAGAAGACCAAGAAUUUGAUGUUGACUCUCGAAGCGCCACAAGAAAAGGAACGCAAAAAAGGCAGUGGCAGACCGCGCAAGGAUGAUAUUGUCACAGACUCUGAUGGCAGUGAAGGCGGUGAGCGACGUCCUGACGAUGGUGGCGAGCGUAAAAAGAAAUCCAAAGGCGCUGGACCUGGUCCUGGACGCAAAAGGAAAGAAGGUGGCGGGCGUAAGCGCAAGAUCAAAGAAACCUUUGAUAGUGAUAGCGAUGGUGAGGGUGGUGAAGGUAAAGGCAAGAAACAAAAGAAAAAGCAAAAGGUCAGCAAGAAGGCUGCCAUUGAAGAUAAACUUUCGGCCAAACAACGCAUGAAGAUCGUGUCCAAAGCUACUAUAUCCACAAGUGAAUCUGAUAGUGAUAGCAACGCAGCACCACGCAAACGCAUCGCUAGUGGAUCUGACAGUGACGAAGCACCAGCACGUAAACGCAUUAUCUCGGGCAGUGAAUCGGAUCGCUCAAAAUCGAGAUCGAGAUCACGUUCUCGCUCCGGUUCACGUUCUGUAUCAAGGUCCCGAUCUCGUUCCCGUUCACGCUCCAAAUCAGGCAGUCGCUCUCGCAGUGGCAGCGGGUCUAGAUCCAGAUCUGGCAGUCGUUCGCGAUCUCCCAGCCGUUCGAAGUCACGUUCAAAAUCUCCCUCAAAAUCCGGAUCGGGAUCUGGUUCAGAUUAAAUUAAUCACUUGCAAUUCAGGCGGAAGUAGUUGUUUAAUAUAUCAACAUAUAUAUAAACAUAUAUGUGUAUACAGUUAAAACGAAGACAAUUUCCUUUUGUAUUGUAUAAAAAGAAGUCAUCGUAACAAAUUUAAAUAAAUAUUUUCUUUUUGACAUAGA